AUGUCGCCUAGGAAUCAGAAGAAAAACCACUCCAGCAAGCUGCAAGAGCUGGCAUUGCUGCUACCUGUGGCCCCGAAGACUGGCACCAAGAAGCUCACUAAGAAGGAGAUUCUGCUUCACGUCCUGCACUACAUUCAGUACCUCCAAAGAAGCAUCGAUGAGGCCAAGGCCUUGCUCAAAUUCCACACCAGCGAUGGGGAAGGUGGACUUGUGGGGCUGGGUCGGAACCCAGCUGUGGGCCCAACCAGGCGGAAACACUCAACCCCCUCCAGCUCCCCGUGCUCUCGGAAGUCUCGUCUUUGGGGGGCCUGCCGGAAACCUCGGAAGAAGCUGACUCGAGCACCAGAACGUCAGACCCGGGACCAGAAACCUCGCCGUUCCCUGGCCCUAGACAAACCUGAGAAGACGGUGACCACGUCCCCAGACCAGAAAGAAGGAAACGUGGGGGGGAUCACCACCCCUCCAAGAUGCCCAGACCCCUGGUGUGACCUCAAAGCUGCAUUUGCCUCAUUUCAAGGCGAUGGAGAAGGAGGAAGAUCCCAGCUGACGUUGCUGGAUAUAGCUGAAAACAUCGUCCUUGGUGACAUCGCAAGCUGCUGUUGUGCAAACAGUGCCCAGGAUGGAGAGCCUGACCCUGCUUUGGAGGCCCAGAGAGGGGCUGAAGGGAUCCAUUUCCUAAGCAGGAUACACCCCUAUUCCAGGCAGAAGCUGGUCUUCUGUGAUUCCAGUGAGGAGGUGGACAAGGAAGUCCCAGAUGCUGACCCGUGGCUUCCUGCCUGGACCCCAGAGGGCAGCCCUCAUGGGAGCCCAGUGGCCUUGGGGCCUCCCCAAAUCAAUAAUUGGAGUGUGACAGGACACCCGAGUGAGAUCCUAGGACUAAGUCCUUCCCUCUUCAGCUCCCCGGGAAAAUUGCUGCCAGAACAGAUCUUGGAGGAUGGCAAUGAGUACCUGACCCAAGCUGGCCUCUUUGAAGAAGUGCUCUUAGAGCCUGAGUCUCGACCUUCUGCCUGUACCCUUGAGGCACCCCAAAAGAAGAGCGUACCUCUAGAGGCACCUGAAGCGCCCUCUGACUCCCACAGCCUGUGCCAGUCCUCGGUCUCACUGGACCACUGCUACCUCUCUUUGAGUGAGGCCAGCAAGGUGCAGUCCAGCCCCAGCACUGAGGAGAGCGACUUGGAGUCCCUGUGGGGGCAGGAAGAGGACAUGCAGGUCGACCCUGAGGGCUUGCAGUCCUCUAGUGACGAGGAUGACGACUAUACAUGGACCCCCACCCGGAGGGCCUCAACCCUGCCCAUAGGUGGGAGAAAGAGCAGGAAGGGCCGGACCAGCAAGGGCCCUUCGAAGCCCAAGGAGAGCAAGAAAGCCCCAUGUCCUACCCAGAUGAAGAAAAAGUGUGUGAAUGGCUUCAUCAUGUUCUGCAGGAUGAACCGGAAGCAGUACAUUAGAGCCUGCCCUGGGACUGCAUCCACAGCGGCCACCAAGGAACUGGCCCAGCUGUGGCGGGUGAUGACCCCGCAGGAGCGGAGACCAUACUGCAUCAAGGCCCGCAGGUUCAGCCGCCAGCAUAACCGCAUUGUGAAGCAGGAGAACUCCAGCAGUGAGGACGAGGACUGGGAGACCCCCAAGCCUUUCUACCAGCUGCUGGCGGAGAAGGCACACAGCAACCCAGACCUGCCCCCCCUGCCGCCUCUUCACCCCCAGUGA